AUGGUCUCUCGUUACCAGUGUGAUCUGUGCACCGACUUUUUCAAAUUCCCUGUAUGUCUUGUACGUUUCUCUCACACAUUCAAAUAAGCUAACUGAAUAAUGGCGUGGAUAGUAACUACUACUGUGGUAGUGAUGAUGACGACCGUCGCUGUUCUCGUAAUUUCCAAUGAUGCAGCCACCAUCCAAAACUAUAAAGAAUUUCCCGGAAGUAACAUUGUCAAAGAUAUGUGCCCACCAGUUGGUCUUACCGCAGCAGAGUAUCAAGUGUCUGCUAUCACCGCGAUGGGUUCGGAUUCGCUGCAGAUUGGUGGUUGUGCUUUAAUCGACUUCAAAUCUACCGACCUUUUACGAAAAUCAUUUAGCUUGUGGAUUGGAAGUUUGAACAAUGGCAUGCAACGUUGCCGCGAGGAGGGUAUGGAACAUUUCAGCUUUUCCUGUCUAUCAGAAUCACCCUUGCUGACGUCAGACGAAUACAUGAAGGGAGUUAUGUAUGCACAGCUAUUAGGUCGAGUCAACAACAAUAAGUACAAAUCAAGUAUCAGAUGUGCCAUUCAUGAUAAGGUCAAAGGCAAUGCCACAAUGUUCCGUAUGGCAAUUAGCGGGGAUGACUCAUGUCACGGGUUGGCAGAUUUACUGCAAUCAAACCUGCAAACGACGAUUCCUAGUGGAGCCAUGGUACUGCAAUUGCAUAGAUCCAGAUUGCUAUCGAAGAAAAUAAGAGCCGAGCGCUCGACAUCAGAUGGCAGUACCAAUAUUACAAACCAUUUGUCAGAACCUAGAUACUUCUAUCAGAUGGGUUGAAAGGUUGUAGGUAAUACCCCUAAAUAAUCAUGACUUCCUGAUUACAAUUAUUAUAAUAAAAAAUUUCAAAAAAUAAACCACUUGUGUGUAUUUUAUUUAUACUGCAUCACCCAAUCAGUAUGUA